AGACAGAGACAGUGAAGAGGACGACUCAGAGAACAGAAGAGCGUCUGAGUGGACAUGGACCACAGACUGAUGAUCAUCUGUAUGUCCUUGUGGACCGCAGGGCUCCUGUCUGAAAACAACAGCACUUCAACAGAGUCUGUCCACUACAGGUUGGUGGGAGGAAACAGUCGGUGUCAUGGUGACCUGGAGAUGAAACAACAGGACGGAAACUGGAAACCAGUAGAAGGGUUAUACUGGUACAGGAAGUUAGGAAACAGAGUUUGUGCAGAACUGGACUGUGGAUCUGCAGUUUCACUGAGAGGCAGAAGGAGGGGUUCAAGUACAGACAGUUGGUGGAUCAAACCAAAGUGUGAUGAAUCUGCACUGAACGACUGUUUUACACCUCGUUCACAUUUCUAUUCUUCCCUGGAGCUGAGUUGUUCAGGUAAGAGCACCACUACUGAACACUCAGCUGGGAAGACCUGCUCACCUGGAACAGCUGCUGGACUCACCUGUUCAGCUGGUGUCAGGUUGGUGGGACAGUCGAGCCACUGUGCUGGUACUUUGGAGAUCCAAUACCAGGGAAAGUGGAGACCAGUAGGAGACCGCUAUAGACCCUGGGACCUGAAGUCUGGAUCAGCUGUGUGCCAACACCUGGACUGUGGAUCAGCUGUUUCAGUCAACAGAACAGAUAAUUCCUCAUUCAAACAUGUGUGGUUUGUCUCAGUUCCUUGUGUGAAGCUGACGUCUGGACUCAGGGACUGUGUUGGACUACGUGGUUACCACAAAAGCUCAACUGGUUUGGACGUGGUGUGUUCAGAUCUGCUGCCUCAGCCCAACAUCUCCCUGUCUGACGGGGUCUUUGAGGUCUACCAGCAGGGGUUCCGGCUGCUCACGGGCUCCGACUUCACCAUCACAUGCUCCGUCCAACCGCAGUACCCAGGAGGCUCCUUCCAGCUGAUCUCCGACACCAAGAAGCCCCUGAACCGCACCCUACCGGCUGUCAAUCACUCCGCCCACUUCCUGUUGUCUGCCAUGGGCCGCACCCACCGAGGGAACUACACAUGUGUUUAUCACGUGGACGUUUUCAACCACAGCUUCUCGUCGUCUCAGAGCCCCGCCCUCUAUCUCACUGUCGGAGACUUGGUGACACAUCUGAUCAUCAGGGUGGUGCUCAUCGUCCUGGCUCUGCUCAUAUUUGAUGCUUCCCUCUUCUUCUACUAUAAGGUCACCGUGAGGCGGAUCAGAAUGAAGGCUGACCGCUGAGAUGACGGACUGUCACAACCACAGCAACAGUUGUUCAAGCCAGAAAGUAAUUUAGGUGUAAUUUUGCAUAUUGUGCUUCAUUUAAAUAGUAAUCGACUUAUUUUGUCUAUAUAUUAGGAUCGUAAAAUAGUUUUGCAUGUAAUCUUUUGCUAAUAUUAAUUUAGCGAAGUAUUUGUAAAAAAUCAGCCGGUCUGUGUUCUGUUAGUUCUGUCCUGCUGCCGCAAGAUGACCCUCUGCUGUAAAGCGCAGUUAAGUGUAGUAAAGUGAUGAGGACACCUGCAAAGCACAGCUCUGAGAGGAGACAC